AUGUGCGUUUGGUGUCAAGAACAUUCACAAGAAGCAGUGCGUCUCUGUCUAUUGUGCUGUUCAAAGAAUAUCAGUUGUGAAAAGGCAUAUCAUGGUGCUCCAGGUAAAUGCUGCAGAUCACCAAAUAACGAAGAUACAUGUUGUGCAUAUAAUUCAAAGUGUGCACCUAAUGGCAAUUGCCUUGAUCCGGAUUCUCCUUCAAAUAUUGACAGCUCUACCGAAACAGAUAGUGAUAAUGAUGGACCAAGUUGGACUGGCUUGACUUUGAUAAUCUUUUUCAUCGCCUGCCAUGUAGUUUAUGGCAUCUACAAAUGCAUUAAUAAUUAA